CCUGGACCAACCAGGAGCGCCAGGGAAAGGCGGGGCCUGUAUCUCCUCCUUCCUCCGGAAAGCGGAAGCGGAAGUGACGUUCGAGGAAGGUGGGGGCAAUCAUGGUGCCGCUGGGGAGGGGAGAAGCUGCCGCUGCCGCCGUUGCCGGGAGCCGCGGAGACAGGUCAUUACCUUUCCAUUUCUCACAAUUGGGCUGAGCACGAUCGAACCAUGGGGGAACACAGUCCAGACAACAACAUCAUCUACUUUGAGGCAGAGGAAGAUGAGCUGAGCCCCGAUGACAAGAUGCUCAGGUUUGUGGAUAAAAACGGACUGGUGCCUUCCUCAUCUGGAACUGUUUAUGAUAGGACCACUGUUCUCAUUGAGCAGGACCCCGGCACUUUGGAGGAUGAAGAUGAUGAUGGACAGUGUGGAGAACACUUGCCUUUUCUAGUAGGGGGUGAAGAGGCCUUUCACCUAAUAGAUCAUGAAGCAAUGUCCCAGGGUUAUGUGCAACACAUUAUCUCACCAGAUCAGAUUCACUUAACAAUAAACCCUGGUUCCACACCCAUGCCAAGAAAUAUCGAAGGUGCAACUCUCACUCUGCAGUCGGAAUGUCCAGAAACAAAACGUAAAGAAGUAAAGCGGUACCAGUGCACCUUUGAGGGCUGUCCCCGCACCUACAGCACAGCAGGCAACCUGCGCACCCACCAGAAGACUCACCGAGGAGAGUACACCUUUGUCUGUAAUCAGGAGGGCUGCGGCAAGGCCUUCCUCACCUCCUACAGCCUCAGGAUCCAUGUGCGAGUGCACACGAAGGAGAAGCCAUUUGAGUGCGACGUGCAGGGCUGUGAGAAGGCGUUCAACACGCUGUACAGGCUGAAAGCACAUCAGAGGCUUCACACAGGGAAAACGUUUAACUGUGAAUCUGAAGGCUGCAGCAAGUACUUCACCACACUCAGUGAUCUGAGGAAGCACAUUCGAACCCAUACAGGAGAAAAGCCAUUUCGGUGUGAUCAUGAUGGCUGUGGGAAAGCAUUUGCAGCAAGCCACCACCUUAAAACUCAUGUCCGUACACAUACUGGUGAAAGACCCUUCUUCUGCCCCAGUAAUGGCUGUGAGAAAACAUUUAGCACUCAAUACAGUCUCAAAAGUCACAUGAAAGGUCAUGACAACAAAGGACACUCAUACAAUGCACUUCCAAAUCACAAUGGAUCAGAGGAUACAAAUCAUUCACUUUGUCUGAGUGACUUGAGCCUUCUGUCGACAGAUUCUGAACUUCGAGAAAAUUCUACAGGCCAGGACCUCAGCACAAUUUCACCAGCAAUCAUCUUUGAAUCAAUGUUCCAGAAUGCCGAUGAUACGGCAAUUCCGGAAGAUCCUCAACAGACAGCUGCCUUGAUUGAAAGUUUUAAUGGUGAUGCAGAGUCAGUCAGUGAUGUUCCGCCAUCCACAGGAAAUUCAGCAUCUUUAUCUCUUCCACUUGUACUGCAGCCUGGCAUCUCCGAGCCACCCCAGCCUCUACUACCAGCCUCAGCACCGUCUGCUCCUCCGCCUGCUCCCUCCCUAGGACCUGGUUCCCAGCAAGCUGCAUUUGGCAACCCCUCUGCUCUCUUACAACCUCCAGAAGUGCCUGUUCCCCACAGCACACAGUUUGCUGCUAAUCAUCAAGAGUUUCUUCCGCACCCCCAGGCCCCGCAGCCCAUCGUACCAGGACUUUCUGUCGUCACUGGGGCUUCGGCGGCGGCCCCAGCCGCAGCAGCAGCGCCCCAAUCACAAAGUACUACUGAGCCCCUGCCAGCCAUGGUCCAGACUCUGCCCCUGGGCGCCAACUCUGUCCUGACUCAUAAUCCCACCAUCACCAUCACCCCGACGCCCAGCACGGCCAUCCUGCAAUCCAGCCUAGUCAUGGGAGAACAGAACCUACAGUGGAUAUUAAAUGGUGCCACCAGUUCACCACAAAACCAAGAACAAAUUCAGCAAGCAUCUAAAGUUGAGAAGGUGUUCUUUACCACUGCAGUACCAGUAGCCAGUAGCACAGGGAGCUCUGUACAGCAGAUUGGCCUCAGUGUUCCUGUGAUCAUCAUCAAACAAGAGGAGGCGUGUCAGUGUCAGUGCGCGUGCCGGGACUCUGCCAAGGAGCGGGCAGCAGGCAGGAGGAAGGGCUGUUCUUCCCCACCCCCUGCAGAGCCGGGCCCCCAGCCUCCUGAUGGGUCCAGCCUGAAGCUACCACCGCAGACUUUUUCCUCGCCCCCUGGCCCCCUGUCGUCCUCCUCUGCUGUACCCUCUUCCUGUGAGCAAAGCAGACGAGCAGAGACUCCUUCAGACCCUCAGACAGAAACGUUAAGUGCCAUGGAUGUGUCAGAGUUUUUGUCCCUCCAGAGCCUGGACACCCCGUCCAAUCUGAUUCCCAUUGAAGCACUACUGCAGGGGGAGGAGGAGAUGGGCCUGACCAGCUUCUCUAAGUGAAAGGGGGCCGCCUGCGCUCACCUCCAGCAGAGGAGGCCGAGCGGGAAGCAGAAAGUGUGGUGCCUGCCAUCAAGGGGGGUCAGCAAUUCGAAGGAUGAAGAAAUCUACUGUUUGAAAUCCUCACCUUUCAGACGUAUUUUCUUUAGUCAUAUCCCAGGAGCAUCCAUUUUAAGGAACUGAUCUUUGGAGAAAAAAAAAAAAAACCAACAAAAAAAAAAAACAAAAAAAGCUAAGUUAUAAAUGAACUGUUUGGCUGCACUGUAUGUCACUUUUGCUUAUUGUCAUGUGAACUUGGAAAUUAAGGUUACUCGUAUGCAUAAACAUUCGAAAAGAAAGGGUGUGGAUUCCAUCAGUCUGAUGCUGCCCAUCACUUGCACUGGGGUCUUCGUGGUUUGGGCAGCAGAGCUCAGUGGGUCGGCUGUCCCUCUGCCCUGUGCGACUUUUGAGUCUAAGGCUGAGGCGGAAGCGGGCACGGGAGGCCAGACCCUCACUCCACCAGAGGGGGCUGUGGCAAAGGCAGGCCAGACAGCUGUGAGCUGGACAGGGAUUGGGUGAGGUGGUUUUGUUGUUUGCUCUUGCUGUCGGUGGAGCUCAGGGGGACUCUGGGACUCUGGCAGGUGUCAUCCUGCAGCCAGCUGCAGCACAGUGGGUAGCUGAAAGCCUGGCCUGAGGCUGUGUGGACGAUCAGGUUCUGGGGGGGGCGUGGGGGGCCCUAGGCGAGCUGUUGACUGCUGUUGAUCCACGCGUGUGCAGAGCAGGCUCUAGCAACAUUAUCACAGUCUUUGCCUUCCUAAGUUCUUCCUGUCUCUUUCGGUUGGUGGCCAGGGCCGGCAGAUUGCAGUGAAUUUUUGGGGGGAAUGUCCCUGUGUUGUCCUAGAGUGGACAUGUGGCUUAUGGCCAGUUGCUGGGUGGUGGUCUGCCUGCCUUUAAUGGUAUUUUCUUCUUCAGAGCAGAAGAGCUGCAUUUUGCUUAUCAGGAGAAGGUGCAGCUUUAAGGGAGUUUUUUGUUUGUUUGUUUUUCGGGUUUUUUUGUUGUUGUUUUCUUUCUAAGGCGGCAUGUAAUUGGCAGGCCAGGUGUCCAGGUUCCAGGUUCCAGCCAGGCUUUUGGUUGCCCCUCCCAUCCCUGCCUCCCACCCCUCUGGAUUUUGCAUACAGUCUAGUACAGUGCAAAGAAGGAUGUGACUUGCUCAGCUCAGCUUAGUCAUGUGAUUUCUAAACAAAAACAAAAACAAAAACAAAAAAAAAAACACAAAAAACAAAAACCAUAAAAACGAUGAUCUUCUACUCAGGGUAAAACAAAACAAAACAAAAAAAAUCCCCCUUCCACCAAAAAGCCUGAAAUGUUGCAAUAAGUUAUCUCAUUUGGAAUGUUUCAUUAAGUUGUGUUAUAGGAAAUUUUUUUUUUUUUUAAUUUGUGUGUAGAAUGAUAUCCAUCUGUCUGCCUUUGGCUCCAAGUCAUUGCCUCUUUAAAAUAAAACCUAAAAUACAGUUCACACUAAAAUGAAAAGUUUCUCUCAACCGGCUAUAUUAACAUAGUCAUGAGUGCUCAGCAGGCUCACGGAGCCCAGAAAUGAGGCCUGAGGCCUGGCCCAGGGUGUAGACUAGGCCUCUGCCUCCAAGAACCCCUUCCUUCCCUGCCUUGAGCGAGGAACAGGGGUCCACAGACAGGACUGCUCUUCUGAGUCAGCAGGGUCAGGCAGAAAGCAGCCAUAAUUUUGCCUUCUUUUUCCAUUCCCUAAUGUAGAGAGAUCUGCAUGUGUCACUCUUCUGUUCUCUGAGCUAUCACUCAGGGUCAGCCAAGACCAUAUCCAGAGCUGAUCAUUUAUCUGGGAGCCAGAGGCCCUGCCUUGGACAGAAUUUCAGGGACAGAGUUGGACCAGAGGGCAGAGGUAGUAAACGUUGUGCCUGCCACGAGGAGAAAAGGGUUUUCCCCGCAGGCAGCUGGUGGGAGCUUCUCCUUCUGGGAGUCUAGUCAGGAGAGUCCCUUUCUUUUUAGACCUCCUGCACUCCCCUCCCCGAAAGGCUGGUGGCUUUUGGUGCCCACCUGACCACAGCAGAAGUCGAUAAGGCGGGAGGAAACUUCUGUUACCCCGGUGGCUUAGUCUUCCUGCACAACCAGUUGCUGAGCGUGGGCUGUCCUUGGCUGUCUCUGGGUCUUGCACCCAUGGGAAGCUCUGAGGCAGGAACCUCGCUUAAUUUCUAAAUUAAUUUGAAAGGGCAGAGCAACACGCUGGAGUCCCAGAGGUAGCUCGUAGCGGAGGGUGUGAAUGACCUCCCCACAUACCCAUCCUAGGGGUACCUGGGACUCAGUUUCCUGGGAGCCAAGGUGGGAACAGAAGCCCAGGGCCAUUGGACGUGGCGGUGGUUUCAUUAUCGCUUCUUUCCGGUUAGCCAGGGCUGUGCUCCUGCUGGGCCUUGCUAGGUCAGUGGCUUUUGUGCUCUCCAAAGAUUGGCGGUGAUGAAGAAGCCUCUUAAAACAGUAUUUAGGCUGACAGGUUUUUCUAGUUGAAGUAUCUGCCUCUUGAGGGUGACUCAAAAUUAUAAGGGGGACUAUCAGGGCCAAUUAGCUUUUGAAAAAUCAGGAAUGUGCUUAAAAUGCUAGCGAGUGGUUGUGAAGAGCAGGUUUUUUUCCACAGGGCAGGCAGUCUUUCCUUCCUCUUCCGGUGCUCUUUCCCUCCCAUCAGCUCCUGCAAAGCCUGGCCACUGGUGCCAGGGACGUUAGGGAAGAGCGGGCCACUGGCUAAAGUGGAAUGAGCCGUCCCAGAGAGCGCUUUCCCAAGCCCAGGAACGAACCUGUGGUGAGGUUAGGGAAGGGCUGCAGACUUCGGGCAAGGUGAAACCAAGCCUUUUUUCUUCCCAUGGUAACCUUAGCCAUUUCCACCCGGUAGAUGUCUACUUCCAGCUCCCACUGGCAUCUCCAGUUCCACACCGCCCCUCUACAUGGUGUAGUCAGCACCAGGGACUGGAGUUCACAGACUCAGGAGGGGUAGGGCACGGGCUGGCACCCUCCAACUGCCUUAGCGAUUUGGGCCCUUCCCAGCAGGCAGGUGAGACAUGGAGGUAGGAUGGCCCUGCCUCUCCUGGGGGUGGGGGGGUCUGGCCAGCCUCGUGGGGGCAUCACCAGUUUGGUGACAGGUGUUGGUGUCCUUUAUUAAAUUCCACCCCUUUCCCCUUAGAAGGAGAUCAUGGUACAAAGCCCAGGAGGGGCCUUAAGGUGUGAAGACCUUUCUGGGUAGAAGCCAGGGACUUCUCUCCACCACCUCUGGGAAAGUCAGUUGAUUGGAGUUUUACCUUCAGGGUCAAGGCAGUGAGUGGACUGAUGGGGGAUCAUGGAGGGUGGGUGGGUUUUCCUGAGAGACUUUGUAUAACGCUGAAUGUGUCCAGAGGGAUGAGUUUGCAGAACCUCAUAUUGGUAUAUUAAAGAAAUAAUAAAAUAAAAAAGCACUUUAGGUUAUUUUAUCUUUAACCCAAUUGCUGCAAUUUCUUUUGUGUGUGUGUAUAUAUAUAUAUAUGUAUAUAUAUAUACAUAUAUAUACAUAUAUAUACUUUCCACAAAGUUUUAUUUUUGCUCAGAAUAAAAAGUUAAAUUGAGGUGUGAAAAGAAAAGCACUUACCUUGGUGCAAUAUGUGUAGCUUGAUGGUCGUUGUCCCAUGUGGCCCUGGCCUGGCCGCGUUUUUUUCUGCUCAAUCAGAGCCCCGUGCUGUGAGGCUGUCUAUAGGGAAACACUAUUAUGCAUUCUCAGCAACUGCUCAAUCUAUGCAAGCCUUCCCUGUGUGCCCGAGGGCGCCCCUCAGGCUCUCUGAAGAACUGCUGCGGGUCCUGUUUUCUUCUGCGGACUGUUGAGGCCCUUUCCCAUCACUUCAUGGUCCCUUGCCAUCUUGCCCCGCCCUCACCAUUACAAAGUGAUGCCUGGAAGGAAGGGACAGGUUGUUCCUAGGUAGAAACCUGGCACCUUCUAGACUUUUGUAUUUGUAAUCACGUUCUUUGUCCUUAACAUUAGAGACUUCCCCAGAGUCACCCAAACCAUUGAUUUGUGGAACUGCAACAGUAUUGCCAGAGUUUACAUUUUCCUCCACCACCAGUCAGAAAUGUUUGGGAGACGGUGGUGGUAGGAGGGGAGCGGGCAGCAUGAGCCAUUUCCCUACUGCUCCCUUCACCACCCGUGUUGGCUCUUUAAGCAAAAAAGUCUCCAGCCUUCAUUAAAUCCAGUAAACAAAGCUGUUAGUAAUCUGCUUUAUCAACUUUCUUCCUUCCCCCAUACUCCUCUUUUGUCUGGGGUGGGGGGCCCCCUCUCCCCAUUCUAUCUUCAAUUCUCAGGCUACUAUAGAAUAGAGAAGUUUUGAAAUAACACUUCAGCCAAAGCAGAAAAGAUUUCCACAGAUCAAUAUGCAAACGGUCCUCCUGCUGUGACAUCGAUGGGAAAUUGUCCAUUCCCUAAUAUUGGGGGUGGGGGUGGGGGGAGGCGACAAAACUGAAUUUUGCCUAGCUCUGGUUGGUAGUCAGUUUAGCCUGUUUCCUCUUGCAUGUUUUUGGGGGACAGGGAGAGGGUCCCGUGUCUCCUUUCACGCCCUUGGGGUAAGCUGAUGAUCACUGUUGGGGCAUUUCUCACUGUUACCCUGUUCCGGAGGGCUUCUCAGUCUGCACUGAAAAAUGCAAAUUAAACUGGAUCUCAUGUCAAUGUGUACAUAGUACAAGCUUUUUUUACUGGAAGCAAAGUUUAAAACCACACACUGCCCUUUUGGUGGUGUUCCUGCUGGGCCAAAAAUUGGGUGAUAAUGUAGUGUCACUUUCUCAGCUCAAUGCAGUUUCUACUCUUUUUCUUAUGGGAAAAUUUUUCAUAAAACUUUUUUUCACCAAAACCCAGGGGUGUUUUUUGCAAUAUCCUUGUUAUCCUCGUAGUGGUGCCAAGUCAGAGGCCUCUCUUGCCCUUCUCCCACGUCCUUAGGCCUCCCCAGGGCGCCUUUGAUUCAACAGUCUACUGUUGUGUUUUGGAGAAUGUGAGGGUGGAGGGGGGGGUCAGAGUUCAAGGUGGCUGUUACCUUUCCCUGUCAACUCCUCCUAGACCCUUUUGGGGGAAGGUGGCUGGAAACAGGUUUUUGCUGAAUUUCUGGCUCACAUCUGGCCAGGAAAGGCAAGACCCACAGACAGCCUUCUUUUUUUUUUUUUUUUUUUUUUUUUUUUGACACAAACUAGUAGUCAUUGGCCGGAGGUCUUGGUGACAGUGUUUUAAAAUCUCAAAUUGUUUUAUUUGGAUUAUGUAAAAGCCUAUCAAGUUUAUUUAAGUGUGAAACAUGGGAACAACGGACUUCCACUGAGCGAUAUGAAAACGUUACAGGUUCAGUACUUCCAAAGGAAGAAACCUCCAAACCCAAAAAAAGAGUAAAUAUGAAUUUGUAUUUUUGAAGAAUGUGAAAUAAUGGUGUUUGCUUAAUUGCUCAUUUUGUAUAAACUUAAUAUUGUACUUUAAAAUAUCUGCUAAGAAGUGAAAAAUUUAACUUUUUGGAAUUGAAAAAGCAAUAUUAAAUACUAAUGAAAUCCUAAUUAAAUGCUUAUUUAAA